AUGACCAGUCAACUACCAGAGGAGUCUGUGGAGACCCAGAGCUCUGAUGAGCUUGAGUGCAAGAUCUGUUACAACCGCUAUAACCUGCGACAGAGAAAACCAAAAGUGCUGGAGUGUUGUCACAGAGUAUGUGCCAAAUGCCUUUGCAAGAUCAUAGACUUCGGUGAUUCCCCGCAAGGAGUCAUAGUAUGCCCGUUUUGCAGGUUUGAAACGUGCCUGCCAGACGAUGAGGUUAGUAGUCUUCCUGAUGACAACAACAUCCUUCUGAAUUUAGCUUGUGGGGGAAAGGGAAAGAAGUGCCUACCAGACAACCCAACAGAACUGUUGCUGACUCCCAAAAGGUUGGCGUCUCUGGUUAGCCCUUCUCACACCUCUUCUAAUUGUCUGGUUAUAACAAUCAUGGAAGUACAAAGAGAAAGUCCCCAGACUCUGAACUCAACGCCCGUGGUGGAAUUUUACAGGCCUACGAGUUUUGACUCUGUUGCAACCGUGUCCCACAACUGGACAGUGUGGAACUGCACAUCUUUGCUCUUCCAGACCUCAAUUCGGGUGCUAGUGUGGUUGCUAGGGUUGCUGUACUUUAGUUCCUUGCCUUUAGGGAUUUAUUUACUGGUAUCUAAGAAAGUCACCCUUGGGGUUGUCUUUGUAAGCCUUGUUCCUUCGAGCCUUGUUAUUCUCAUGGUUUAUGGCUUUUGCCAGUGUGUUUGCCAUGAAGUUCUAGACUGCAUGUCAUCUUGAUAACAAAUACAGUAAAAUAAGAUGUAAUGCCACAUGUGUAGCAUAGUUGAUUUAUCCUGUCUUUGUAUUCUUAUUUAUUCUUAUUGUUGUCCAUCCCACUAAGUAGAAGCAGUGGCCGUAGUUAUAUGGUCCUUUUUUUCUACUUGAUUUGAUUUCCAUCCCCCCUCCUUUUUUUAAGCUAAAUAAUGGAAAUAAAAUUUACAUGCUGAUUUUAGAAAGGGAUAAAGCAACAUUGCCAAACUUGGUGCCUGCUGCUGCUGCCACUAUUCAAAUGAGUAGCUAGCCCUUUGCUUUCUAUUGGCUUGAUCAUGUCAGUCAAGGCUGCAGGAUCCACCCUAGAAGAAAUUAGUAUAACAGGCACCUUCCAGGUCAAAGUACAGCAUCUCUUCAUCUAAAGCAUCUCAUGCUUUGGAAUAUCUGUUAUUUA